UCUGCGCAGGCGCAUUACAUCAAACGUUUAAUACCGUGGGUUUUCGAUGUUAACCUUUGACCUCCGUUAACCAGGAGCUCUCCGGGGACUCUCGGGAAUUUCCGGGAAUUCGAGCAUAAACGAGGCGUCGCGGGCCUAUAUCCGGUGGCUGUUAGCGGUUUCCCCCCAACCCGAACCAACUGCAACACAACGGAAGCUAACGUUAGCCUCCACCGAACCCGAGGGAGCCGUCACACUUUACAACCUGGGUUCAGGCUGAAGAAGAGGAGGAUGACGAAGAUGUCUCCGGUGUCCUGCCUGGAGCUGGAUGUUGGUGGGACCAGAGAGUCCACCCUGAACCGGGACGACUGUCUCUGUCCGGUCUGUCUGGAGAUCUUCAUAGAACCUGUCACACUUCCCUGCACACACACCUUCUGCAAGAGCUGCUUCCUGGAGUCGGUGGAUAAGUCCACGCUCUGCUGCCCGCUCUGCAGGAAGCGGAUCUCCACCUGGGCCCGGCUGAACAGCAAGAAGAACACCCUGGUGGACCAGCAGCUGUGGACCAGGAUCCAGACCUGCUUUCCUCUGCAGUGUCAGCGCCGACUGAGCGGACAGGAUGUUGACGAUGUCGACCACCCAGGUGAACGUUCAGACAUCCCAUAA